AUGACCUCCAUUCCUGUUAUCGACUUUAGCCUAUUUACUUCUGAUCCCAAGGAGUGUGCACAGCAGAUCUACGAGGCUAGUAGAAAUGUUGGAUUCUUCUAUCUUAAGAACCAUGGUGUCUCUCAGGACUCGAUCAAUCGCAUGUUUAAAUGCAGCAAGAGAUUCUUUCAGGGGCCACUCCAAAGCAAGAAUCGGUACCUUAUGAAAGAUAAUAUCUUUGGAUAUGCCCCCGUGAAAUCUGAAAGCCUGGAUCCUGAGAGUCAAUCUCGAGGUGACCUGAAAGAAUCUUUCGAUAUCAUCAAACAUUGGGGCAGAUGUGAACCAAUAAAUUACUUUGCUCAAAGCGAUACGAUGGAGCAGAAGAGGAUUGAGGCUUUCUACAAGAAGGAUGUUGGUGGUCUUGAAAUUCAAGCAUCUAGAACUCAUAAAGAUGUACCUUGGAUACCAGCACCUGUCAUCCCUGGUGCCAUUUUGGUCAACAUUGGAGAUCAUCUCCAGAUGUGGACCAAUGGUUUACUAAAGUCCACCAAGCACAGGGUCACUUACGAUCCUCAGCAGCAUUAUCGUUCACGAUACUCAAUUGCCUGCUUUAUGAAUGCCAACGACGACAUCAGACUGGAUCCUAUUCCUUCACCUCUUAUCACACAAGAAAUGCGAGCUGAGGCUGUGGAGUAUGAGGAGGGCCGAAACAUGACUGCGGCGGAGUAUGUGUCGUGGAGAAUAAAACGUUCGCUUUAA